GAAUCCAACCGUUAGCAGACGACACAUUUCUCUCUCGAUGACAACAUCAGCCUGAGGGCAGAUUGCCAUUAACCUGCAUUGUUUUCCUGAAGUAUAGCUGGUCCGCGUCUGACGCAGACGGCGUGGUCGCUUGUGUAGAGCUUGUAGGUGCUUAUGUACAUGGUGCGGCCGUGUUUGUGACAGCAGUCCAGGGCAGCAUACAAGGAAAGUAGUAUUGUUAAAGUACUUUCUGAUCGUGCAACCUUCAUGUCAAUAUUGAUGGGACGUUGACAAGCAGAGCUGAGAGAUUAUAGCAGCAGAGCCGAAAGGUAUACAUUGAAUGACCUGGCCUAGGAGAGUACCGUGCCGGCUGUUACCUGUGUGCUGACCUGGAUUACACAUCGUGAAACAAUGGCGAAUGUUACAGAGUGUGACGUCCUCGCCCAUCCCGAUGACGCUUACAUGAUACUCAGCAACUACAACGUCACAGCGGGAUCCUACGUCGUUGUUGGAUGCAGGAAGUUCGGCCACCGUGUGGUUGGUCCAACCAAUGUGACUUGUCUCCCAACAGGGGCGUGGUCGGAUGCCGUGAAACCAGAAUGUAAUUGGACAUGGGAGCUGACGACCCACGAGAAGCUCGUGCUAGGGACAUCCAUCGCUGCCGGGGCUUUCCUCCUCAUCGUUACCAUAGCAAUCAUAAUAGCUUACUGUUGCUGCUACAGGCGGAUGAGAGAAAGGGAAAACGAGAACUUCGGCGCCGUGUACGAGGAGCGAGUGACGCCGUCCAAGAAGCACAACUACGACCACUACGGACCGCCUAUCAUCGAGGGAGGGCCAGGCAUCUACCCCGAUGCCUACUACGCCUACCAAGAGUACCCAGAGAACAAGACGUACCCACCCGACAUGACGGAUGUGUCGGGCCUGGACAGGCCAUGGCUAGGCUAUAUACCUCGUCCCAAAGUGGCUGAUGGGCGAUACUACCACUGACAGCCACCUGACUAUGGAGCAAUAAUCAAACCCUUGUCGCCAACUGCACACCUAGGUCAAGUGCUUCACUCUGCAGACACGCAACACUGCAGUGUUGAGAUCGAACUACUUGAAUCUCCUUGAGGCCUUAAGCUAUGAACAUAAUGAUUAAUAGCAGUGUGUUCAAACUAGAUAUUCAUUUGUGUGGAGGAAUCGCCAUACCGCAGUGUCUGCAAUGAGUGUGUUGUCUUCUACACAGGCGUAGGGAGCAGGGACCAAGGAACUCCACUUUAGUACUUGAUGCCGUGACGUCACUGGCAUUGUGUCUAACGAACGUCAGGCAGAGCUGAUGCCAUAACAACCAUAAAUGCUGACGACGUCUCCGCAUACAGGCGUCUCCGCAUACAGAUCAUGUUGCCAUAGCAACAUUUUGGCCAUGUUGCCUGACUCGUAGAGAUUUAUUUCGAUAUAGCAACGAUUCUCCUAAACAUAGACAGUAUAUUUUUGUAUUCAAUGCGUCUUUUUAUAUCAUGUCCAGGAAUACAUUGAGCAUGUGCGAGGGACUUUGAGCUACAGCUGGACUGUGUACCCACACAGGAUGUGUCGUGGUUGCGUCCUCCACACAGUGUCGGCGGCCUGUGAAGGCGCGGUGGCGUGUGCUGGCACUGUGAGACACAUGGCGCUGACAGACGAUAUAUAUGACACCAGAGCAUUACGAUCAAACAGUUACGAUUUUAUGUUUUGUAAUACACAUGUACAGAGAAAUGUAAAUAUAUCUAUUAUUAAAGAAAUACAAUUAUAUAUGAAUGUCAAA